GGAGGAAAGAGAGUUAAAAGAUUAAAGGGAAGUGUGUUGCAAGGUGUUAGUGGAAAAAUUGAUAGAUUUUAAUUUGCUCAAAUGAGGAGAGUAUGGUGAAGUUCGAGGUAUUGAUUUGUUCGUGUCGCAUUAAUACUCAUUUACGACUUGUAGAGUAGAACCUUCUUCAAGAUUAGAAGGAAAGGAAAAGGUGUGUCUGCUGAGAGAAUAGACACCGAAUAGUUCAUGGCGGAAUUGAAGUAUCUGAACAGAGAUUUCUGUAAAAAGCCCAUACAGGUUUAAUGGGGUUAGUAGAAUUGACACGUCGGGAGACUUUCUCGGCCAGUCAUCGUUUGCAAAAUGCAAUGCUGAAUGCUACUGAGAACCGACAGUUGUAUGGUAAAUGUAACAAUUUGAAUGGUCAUGGACAUAACUACAUUUGGGAAGUAACCCUUCGAGGAUCAAUCGACCCGAAAUCUGGAAUGGUCUACAAUUUGGUUAACCUGAAGAAUGAAAUGAAGAGCGUGCUGGAUAAGGUGGAUCAUAAGAAUUUGGAUAAGGAUGUCGUGUAUUUUAAAAGUAACGUUAGUACCACUGAGAAUCUGAUCGUUUACUUAUGGAAUGAGCUAAAAUCGAAAAUAGGAAAUCCCGAUUUGCUUUACAAAAUGAUUUUGCAUGAAACUGAAAAAAAUUCGGUCACUUAUCAUGGAUAAAAAGAUUUAUUUUACUUGGCGUAAAAAGUUUUGCAUUUCUUCGUGCAGUAUUUAUUGUUUAACGUCAGCUUCGUUCUGUCUUACAUCCUAUAAAUUUUGGGAAGUUUAUAAAUUAUUGCAAAUUAUACUUGGUAUUGUUCAUGUUUUGUCAUAUAAAUUGCAUUAAAAUGAUACAUUUCAUCUAUUAGAGCUCCGAUAUUUCUUGGAUGGCAUUGUUAUUUGCAUUUACAUUUGUGAGUUAAUGUACAGAUAUCAUUGAUCCUUUCAUCAACUAAUCAGCCUUUUUUAUCCCAUUCUGAAAUUGUUACUACCGGCACUGUAAUCUGUUAUAUUUCGCGAUACUUCAUUAAAAAAC